CAUGUGACGUAGGCGGUCGGGCGGUUGGGCGGUGGGUGACUGACUGACUGGAGAGGCGGUGGCUGCAGCUAUGCCGCUUGUCAUCAGUGACCGCCCGAUUCACCUACCGUCGUCCAGCCGGGACUUCAUUGAUCGUUACUCGCAGUUAAAGGAAGGUGCAAAAUCUCUGAAGUCAAAGCCAGUGCGCAGGAUAGGUCCUAAAGGUCUUUUAUAUGUUCAACAAAGAGAAUUUGCAGCAACAACUCCUCAGGAUGAUUCUGUGUCCAUACUUGGAACAGGAGAUGCAACCACUUGCCAUCUGGUAGUUCUGCGACACACAGGCAGUGGGGCUACAAGUUUGGCGCACUGUGAUGGAUCAGAUACAGAAGAGACAGUGCCUUUAAUGUUAAAUGCUGUGAAGUCCUUGUCAGUCGGAUGUGAUUCUGGAAGAUAUGAAGUUCACCUUAUCGGAGGAUUCAUUGAUGAAAGGUCAUUAUCACACAAGCUCACCCUUGAACUUCUUGAAGCUUUCAAUAGGCAAUCAGAGAACAUUCAUCUGGAAACCUACUGUUUAACAGAGCUUAACGAUGUAGUGAAGAAAAAUGUUCACUGGCCUGUAAUAUAUGGGAUAGCUGUAAAUGUGAAAACUGGAGAGAUUUUUCACGCAACUUUUCCAGACAGAGGUCCAGAUGAGGUUAUCCGUUCUGCUCGUAAUUUUUUGGGGGGUUCUAUUAUGUCAGUUUAUGAUGCAAAAGUGGAACAACUGCAGAUUGAAUCAUACCAGUGGACACUAUUUCCAGCUGCUCAGUUCUGGUUGCAGCAGACUGAUCAAGUGAUAUUACAGAAUUUUUCAACAUCUCCACUUGUUGAACCCCCCCACUUCGUUAAACACAUGAGGUCUAUUUUCCAAUUUCUAAUUCGCUAUCCCGAGGAGUCGUUAUUUCCUAAGGAGCCACUGACACCCAAGUGACACUGCAGUGUUCAACAUGGAAGCUUGUUUAUGCAAAAAAAAGUUCAAGACAGUUCAUCCACUGCAUGUGCAGCUUCAAAAAAAAAAAAAUCCUGAACUGUUUUACAGGAUGGAAGUACAAUAUAUUUUUGUAAGGCUUCAGUAAUUAAUCUGUGGACCACUAUGUACAGAACAUUUCCCAUGCUGGAUUGGAGCUAUAAUGCUUCUAAUUUGCUGAAGGUGGGAGUUUGUAUAAGGAAAAUUUUGAAGUGAUUAUUUUACUGAUGCCAGUAAAAGAAAGACCGCUAGUCUAUUUCCUGGUUAUGUAAUGAUUAAGAAUUAAAAUAAAUUAUAUUGCCAAUUUUUCUUGUA